CGCUGAUUUGACGUCGACGUUGCCUGCCAACGCACCACUUUAACCCUCAUUCUCCCUCUUGCUGAAAAUCAUUGCUACAAUGUUCUUCGAUCGCGUAAAAGGCGGCAGAGGAGGUUACAAAACAAAGAAUACUAAUGAAAUAGUCUCAGACCCUCUCCUUAGCGACGUGGACGAGGAAGGCGAAAGACAAUACCUUACUGAGAGCUUACCAGACUCUAUUUCUCUUCAACCCGAAGGGGCGGCUUUACAAAACGGCGAAGUGAUAGAUCUCGAUGCUCUGGCCACACAAUAUUCAGUAUUCGACAACCCAGAGAUCGCGAAGUUGUAUGAGCCGGGACCAGAUUACGAAGGCAGACAUAGAUAUAAUCCAGCUCUAAGGUGGACAUUGGGUGAAGAAUUAGCGAUACUGCGCAAAAUAGACUGGAGAAUUCUGUCGUUUGUUUCAAUCAUCUUCAUGGCUCUUGAGCUUGAUCGAGCCAAUGUUUCCCAAGCCCUGACUGAUAACUUUCUCCAAGAACUCAGUCUUACCACUGAUGAUUAUAAUCUAGGCAAUACCGUGUCACGGCUCGCAUUUUUAUGCGCUGAAUUGCCUUCACAACUCAUUUCGAAAUGGUUGGGAGCCAAUCGAUGGAUAGCUAUCCAAGUUAUCCUAUGGAGUUUAGUAGCAGCCAGUCAAUGCGCUCUCAGUGGUCGUGCUAGCUAUCUAGCUUGUCGGAUAUUAAUUGCACUCCUCCAAGGCGGUUUUAUUCCUAAUAUGAUACUAUAUCUGUCGAAUUUCUACACCAGCCGAGAAUUGCCAAUACGGCUCUCGUUGUGGUGGACGGCAAUGUCUUGUGCCGAUAUUGUUGCUAGCUUAUUGGGAUUUGGGCUCCUUCAUCUAAGGGGUAUUGCUGGUAUAAGUGGAUGGAGGUGGCUAUUCUUCAUCGAGGGCAUUUUGUCCGGAAUCAUCGGAGUCAUGUCAAUAUUUCUCCUUCCGCAGUCGCCGACGCAAACCGCAGGCUUUCUCCGAGGUAGGGAAGGAUGGUUCUCUAAGAGAGAAGAAACUAUUAUUGUCAUGCGAUUGCUACGUGACGAUCCUUCCAAAGGCACACUAGGUAACAAGCAGCCUAUCACUCUGGAUUGUCUAUUCAAUGCAAUGCUAGAUUAUCAGCUUUGGCCACUGUAUAUAAUAGGUCUCUUCUUCCAGGUUCCCAUGUUGCCCUCUCUUCAAUACUUGACAAUCCGUCUUAGAAGUCUUGGUUUCGAAACCUUUCAAACAAACCUUCUUGUUAUUCCGUCGCAAAUUGGACAUAUCAUAGCAAUGCUAGGCCUUACUCGGUUAAGUGAACGGACAAAGAAGUUGUCAUUUACAGCAAUGCUCUCACAGCUAUGGGCUUUACCCUUCCUACUUGCUAUUUACGCUCUAGACCCUAGCCGAACAAACAAAUGGGUUAUGUGGGCAGUUUUAACACUUCUGCUAAGCUAUCCGAAUCCACAUGCUAUCCAAGCGGGCUGGAUAUCUCGAAAUUCCGGUACUGGGCAUACCAGAGCGGUAUCAGCCGCUCUAUACAACAUGUUCGCUCAGUUCUCGGUGAUUAUAGCGUCCAAUAUAUAUCGUGAAGAUGAUUCUCCUCGCUACCAACGGGGCAAUAGGGUGUUGCUUUUGAUAUUGUGUUUUAAUGUGGUUCUAUACGUCUGCGUAGGAGUAUAUUAUACACUUAUCAAUAGACGUCGGGAUGCAAUUUGGAAGUUUUUGAACCAAAACCAGAGGAUAGGCUAUCUGCAGACUACCAAAGAUGAAGGUUGUAAUAAAUUGGAUUUCAGAUUUGCUCUGUAGGACGGAG